GGUUUCACUACCUAUGAUGUUCUGGAGUUGUACCAGCAGAAACGUGACCUGUGAGAUAAAGAGUGGAACGGACCCUGAAUUAAUGCUGUAUCUAGAUAACACAGUAUUAGAUAAUGCUUCAUCUAAAACUAUUUCUCGGACAAUUGCCAGAAACAAGUGGACAACCAAACGGAGUAUGUCAUUCAACUGCACAGCAAAGAACCGAGUCAAGAAGGGUCUGGACUUGUAUCUCAUUGUUGGUAUCUGCGGAGGAGGCAUCAUGUUCAUCAUCUUUAUGACACUACUCAUUUUCUACAUCAACAAGAGAAAAAAGCAGAACAGUAGGAGAAAUGAUGAGGAGCUGGAGAUAAGAACACGCAGACUAACCACCAAGGAAAGGCGCCAGAAGCCCCGCCAGGUUCCAGGAUCAGCUCCUCAAAAUCCAGCUGUGUCCCAACCUCCUCCACCACCUAGUCAUCGGCCCCAGGUCCCUUGUCAUCGGCCCCCACCUCCGAGCCACCGUGUCCAGCACCACCCACAGAAGAAGGCUCCUCCUCCAUCGGCCACCAAAGUUCACCAGCAGAAAGGUCCUCCCCUCCCUAGGCCUCGAGUUCAACCAAAACCUCCCCAUGGGGCCACUGAAAACUCGUAACUCUGUCUCCUGACAUGGUUGUCCCCUUCUUCUAUCUAAAAGAGACAGAAAUUGUUCUUUCCCAUAAAGGCAUGAUGGAGUUUCUCCACCGCGGGGGUCCGCACCUGCAAUUUCAUCAAAUGCGUUCUGCAAGUUAGGAUUAUCACCUCCUGGGCAUGUGGGCCAUGGCCAUGUCUGCAUCUCCUAGCUCAUUCAUGUGCCCUAACACCUGGAGCCUCUGGCUUCCUCCCAAAUCCUCAUCAUGCCAGGAAGGGCUAGCAAUUCAAGUGCCAGCAUCGGGAUGAUGGGCCACUGAGCACAAAAUUCGAGAGCUCUCCUUGCUGCCCCCUCAGAUCACUUGCAGACAUGGGAUGUCUCACCACCCCCGUGCCUCGCUGCAAGCGCCUACCUGCCCGAGUGACCCUUGGGUUUCUUAUGUGCCUGGUGGACACUUGCCUACCAUCUGGA